AUGAUAACAACAUUGGAAACAAUACCAAAUGAAAUUCUUCUUAUGAUAUUUUCUCAUUUAUCAUGGUUUGAAUUAGUAAUGUCUUUAUCGUCAUUGAAUAAACGCUUUGAUCGGCUGAUAUGUUCUAUUCUCUCAAAAAUUGAUAAUAAAUCAAAUAAUGGUCUUGUUAUUAUUAACCCUGGUUUAUCAUAUAAUAAAUGUAAUUCAAUAUUAUUACCAUUAAUUUCUAAUCCAUUGUUACCAUUUGCUUCUUGUAUUCGACGUAUUCAUUUUGAUGGGACAAUUUGUAAUGCUGCUGAUUUAAGUUAUAAAUGGCUUUUUGAUAAUGAUAAAAAAAUUCUUCACUUUCCAAAUCUUAAAUCACUUAUACUUACUCGAUGUUUAUUGGUAGAACCUUUAAUUAAAAGUCUACCUAUACUUAUUAAAUAUCAACUUGAUGAACUUAAAUUAACAUUUGAUAAAGAUAUUAUUACAUUACUUCGAUAUCCAAAUGGAUUAUCGGCAAUGGGUUUACGUACAGAAAAGUUAAUUAUGCUUGAAGAAUUAAUUCUUAAACUUUUCUCUAAUCAAUCUCGUCUCAUUUCACUUCAACUUGAUAUUGCCUGCGAUGAUUCUUAUGCUAAUCUUCAUCGAUGUUUAGAACCUCAUAUCACUCUUGCUUCUUUUUCAAUCUUUACGCGUCGACCAUCUUGUUUGACUCUUCGUCGUUUAUAUAUUCAUAUUAAAUAUACAUGUUUUCUUGAACGUCUUAUUGAAUAUGUUCCUGUUCUUCAACAAUUAUCGGUACCAAAACUAGAAAGUUUUACUCUGAAAACUUCCGUUGAUAAUGAUUCAGAAUUUGCCUAUUUGAAGUGGAUUCUAAACAAUCUUAAUCAUAUUAAAAAAUUGAAAAUUCAUUUGAAAAGUGACGCAUUAUAUGAAACAAGUAAAGCUAUUUGGAAAUCUGUUAUUGAUGCAAAUUUUAUUCGGCGAUAUUGUUUGCCUGAUGAAGCAAUUAAUUUAAGAAAUUUUGAUUUUUAUAUUUUUUCCAAAUGUAAAGUACCAAUGAUUGAUAUUGAGGAAAUAAUUAAUUCUUUUAAAAUUCAUCCGUUUUUUGUUGAUCAUCAAUGGACAAAUAUUAAAUGUUUUUUUGAUUCAAUAACUUCUUAUCAACAUCUUACCUCUUCUCUCAAUUAUACACCUCGAUUUUCCAAUUGUUUAAUGUAA